CGAAGAUACUUUUACACUUAUUGGAUCUUGUUGGCUGCGGCCCAGGUGUGUGGUUACCGGCGAAAUCCGGAAAACGGCAAAAGGUGCAUAAUAUCCCAAACAGAAUUUCGAUAAUCCAAGACCCAAGCAUGGCUGCCACUGCUCAGACGAGUGUGGCUUUCGCAGCAGGAGGCGCCCGAACACUGCCUGUCCAGUGCACGUUAGCAAAACCCAGUACAACUUUUGUGUCUGCAUGGACAUUCUCGAAGAUGGGUUUCAAUUCUCUGAAGCUCGGGUACGGGAAGAACAACACUCUGCCCUCCAGGAAGCUCUCAGUUCGAGCUGCUAGAACUGAGUCACAAGGUGUCUCCUUAGGCUUCAGAGCUCCUCAUUUUGAGCUGCCAGAGCCUCUAACUGAGAAAAUGUGGACAAUGGAAGAUUUUGAGGCAUAUCCUGCUUUGCUGGUUAUGUUCAUCUGCAAUCACUGUCCAUUUGUUAAACACUUAAAGAAGGAUAUAGUGAAGCUCUCAAAUUUCUACAUGAAGAAAGGACUUGCAGUUGUUGCCAUAUCUUCAAAUUCGGUGGUCACUCACCCGCAGGAUGGGCCAGUGUUCAUGGCAGAAGAGGCUAAAAUGUUUAAUUACCCAUUUCCCUAUUUAUAUGAUGAGUCACAAGAAGUUGCUCGAAAUUUUGGAGCUGUUAGCACACCGGAGUUUUUUCUGUUUAAAAAGGAUGGUCGGCGGCCAUUUGAGCUGGUGUAUCAUGGCCAGUUUGAUGAUUCUCGACCCAGUAACAAUGUGCCUGUGACAGGAAGGGACCUAAGUCUGGCGAUAGAUUGUGUACUUAGUGGUCAGCCAGUCUCAUCAGUUCAGAAACCAAGUGUUGGAUGCAGCAUAAAGUGGCAUCCUGGAUCUGGGCUCCAAUAAUCUUCAGUGUUAGAUCUCAAGAUCGUAAUGUUCCAGUCUAAACUAUGAAUUUUUCUUUUGAGGGGGUUAUGUUCAUUGCUUGGGAUUCUCCGAGCACAAAAGAGAAUGGGUCGUUCCUCUGGGGAAGGGUUCACACAGAGGAGGGCCACCCCAAGCACCUGAAGCAUUUCUUGAAGUUGAGUACCUGAUCGAAGAAGAAGCUGCUGGUCUACAAUUGCUGUGAAUUCUCUUUUUCUUUCUCUAAGUUCCUUGUUGACCCAAGUGACAAUAUGGGCACCUUCAGGAAUCCUGUUAUCUGUCGGUUCUUUCCCUGUUAACACUUCUAGAAGAACUACACCAUAGCUGUACACAUCACUUUUCUCUGUGAUUCUGAAACUGUAUCCAUAUUCUGCAAUUUGCAAAUGAAGUUAGCUCGUACUUUAUUUGAAAA